CGCAUCCAUCCUUCCUGACGCGGGGAGCCGGGAGCGUGGAGCAGCGAAGAGGGGAGCAUAUAUAUAGACACGGAACAUGGACGGAGUGGGUUCUUUCGGAGCCGGCCGAACCGGGUCCACUGUGGACCCGAUUACGUUCGCCAAACAGCCGCAGACCAUCCUGAGAGUGCUGUCCUGGAUAUUCUCCCUGGUGGUCUUCGCCUCCAUCGUGAAUGAAGGUUACAUUAACUUGGGCAGCGAGCGUCUCCACUGCGUCUUCAAUAAGAACGCGGAUGCGUGCAACUACGGCGUGUUCGUGGGCCUGGUGGGCCUGCUGGCGUGCUCCUUCUUCUUCCUGCUCGACUACAAGUUCUCCUCCAUCAGCUCUGUUAAAGACAGGAAGAAGGCCGUGAUGCUAGAAAUUGGGUUCUCAGGGUUUUGGACCUUCCUGUACUUCGUAAGUUUCUGCUUUCUGGCCAGUCAGUGGUCUCGGACUCAAACGGACGAUUUGCCUCUCAACCAGGGGGCGGAUGCAGCUCGGGCAGCUAUCGCCUUCUCUUUCUUCUCUAUAAUCACCUGGGCCGGCCUCACGGUGCGUGCCGUCCAGAAGUAUCUGCUCGGCACAGACAUGACCCUGUUCACCACUGAGCACAUGGACGGCGGCGCUCCCACCCAGCCGUACCCCUCCAAUUCACCGGGAGGCGGAGCUACCGAGACCACGGAAACCUACCAGAACCCGCCGUUCACCGAGAACAACGCAGCACCCACAUACCAGGUUCCCAUUUACUAGAACAGGUAGAAAAACUGGUGGAGGAGGAUGGAGGAAAAGUUACAAACACGAGGAAAUUGCUUUCUGUGAUUUCUGUUACAAGUGCAGUUGUUUGAGUUGAUCUGGUCUGAGUUUUCAAUAACCAUGUAAAAAAAAAAAGCUGCUCGCUUUUUCUGUUUCUUCCUCUUGUUUCCUGCCUUUCGCAAACAUUCCAGCUUUAUCUGCUUUUUUUCUGGACCUGUAGUUCAGAAGUGAUGUCACUUCAUCAGAGCAGAUAAAACAAAAGAAAAACCAGAGGAGGAAACAUUAAAAGGAACUUUGUGGUAUUUUAAACUCUUAUUUUGUCAUAAAAGGAAGAGAUCAAAUAAUCAAAGCUGUGUUAAAUCACUGUAACAGAGCAGRAAGUGCUCUCAGACUUCAUCCUGUUGUGAUUAUUCAUUCAGGUGUCCCAAUUUUUCAUGCCAAAAACACUGGGAAUGUUCGUUUUUAUAUAUUUUUUUCUGCUACAAUAAAAGCUGUCACAUUCCCUGCUGGUUUUCAUUUGCAUCAACUUUUGUUUUCAGAACUUAGAGAUCAGCUAAGUGCCAUACUGUACUGCGUAUUUCAGAGAGUGACUUAAUUUCAGUAGAUUGCUGUAAYAUGCUGUAAAAAAAUACAGUAAUGCUUUGUGACUUAGUGCAAUAUCUCACAUUCUUAUGUAGGCGGGUAUUUAAUGUGCUGUACGUCUGAGUCAGKUUAGGAGAACUCAAGGCACUGUCUCCAAUUACAAACUAGUUAUUAAAAUGUACAAAAAAAAUGUGCCAAAAAUAACAUUUCCUGGAUAAAACCAUUGAAUCCAUUAGUAAAACUCUUAAUGAGUUUAAAGGGGAUAAAUCAGCCACAUUUGUUUUUGUUUUGGUGUUGUCAAUAAACCUGACCAUUUCUGACAUUUUUUUCCAGAAUUUUAUUCAAAUGCUCCCAUAAACUCCCAGUAACUUUGCUGCCAUCUAGUGUUCCUUCGAGGAAAAAAUUGACCUCAUUGAAACCCAUCAUAAAAGCAUUUUUUGAUCCCAUAUUAUCAAACUGUAUCAYAAAAUAAUUAAUUUGUUUCAAUACCAUUUCUGUUAUUUUACCCCUAUUACCACACUUUUGAUUUUUAAAAUAGCUGUAUGGAUGAUGCUUUGCUUUUAYGUUUGAGGGUAAAAACUGUCACCAGGUGUCUGGAACUUAUCUGGAUGAGCUAUUUUCUUCCCCCCAAAUUGUUAUAAAAUAAAUCAACUUUUCUGUUCAUUUCUCUGUGCAUAAAUAAAUAUUUGGAAGAGCCUAAUGAUGCUUUUGUCCUGGAAAUAUUGAUAGAUGGUCAAAAAACAUGCAAAAAAAUUCUAAAAACUAGUUGUAGACUCCAUCCUCAGUAGUGAUAUAUUAGUGUGUCAUUUGAGACAGUGUCCUGCAUGUUGAGAGUUGUGUGAAUAAAUGAAAAUAUACUUUACAAAUUAGAAAUGAGGUUUGUUUAUGUUGUUAACAGCUGCCAAACUGCCCUGUGUUCUCACUGCUGUCUCUUGAUUCUCCUGUGUCGUUAACGUCAGCAGGAAACAACAGACGAGCUUUCAUUCAAGGCUGGKUUUAGUAAAGGAUUCAGUUAGUUCUCAGGCAAAUAAAGCUAUAURAAAUAUGUUUUGGAUCAUUAGAUCAUUGAUUUAGGUGGGUGGGUCAGUUGCCAUGGAUUGAGUCAUGGAAGGAUGUGGGUUAUUUAAUGUAGAGAGAACCCAUCUGUUUCAGUGUAGCAUCACUGUGCUUCAUGUCCUUUCAUCUGGGUGAUUGUCCAUGAGCAACACGGGAACGUAGAGUUAGUGUGCAGUGCUUUGGAUCAUGUAAAAGUGAUCUGAUUUAAUGCCCUGAUUUAAUGAAGCAAGGGUCAGAGGRAAAGUUAUGAAUGGUUAAUAUCUUACCUGUUGUAGACAGCUCUUUGAACAAGCUCUGUUUAGAGACCAAAAUUAWUUUCUGCUGUUUUAAAACAACUAAUCUCAAAAGAUAGAUCAGGAUUCAUCCAAGCAAUAUUUUAUGCAUCAUUACAUCAUGGUCAGAUUCUCAUUACACAAUCAUUUCAGUAGAAAUAUCACAAAAUUCCUGCAUGGAGUGCACAAUUAUCACAACAUUGUUGCCAUCUACUAGAUCGGUGUAACCAAAUCAGCACUCAUGGGAACGUCUUUGUUCUCAUUUGGUUUGAGUUUUGUUUUAUACUGUGUAUAUAAAUACGUAUAAAGAAAGAAAGAAAAGUUUCUAAAAAAAUAUCUGAGCAGAUGAGGCUGGAUUGCUGACCUUUUAAAACAAUACAUUUUAUUCGUGCUAACACCUUUUUUAGAAGCCUUUACACUGCUGUCACAUCACAUGGAUUUUACCUUUAUGAUUGUAUGCAAACAAAAAUACUGACAGCAGUAGCUAGCUGCAUGGCAGGAAUAUAUCUAACCAUGUAACGUGAAACUGCCAGCAGAGUAAAAGUUUAUGAAAUUGUGUUGGUAGCUUCGGACUAGCCAUUAGCUUGUCCAUCUAGUCAGCGUUAAACUCUUUCUGACUCAUAGAGCUAUCUUCAACAGGUAAGAUGUUUACUGUUCAUAACCUAUCUAUAGAGCCCCUCUUCAAAAGAAAUUAAAUAUUCUUUUUUUAAUUGAAUUUUGUGCUGCAUCAGUUUUUUUCCACAUGUAGUUGUCACAAUUUGAAAAACUUCCCUCAAAAUGAAAAAACUCUCAGCUAAAUCAACAGUUUCCCUUUCAGGCUGUCUGAAAUGUUUGUUUCUGAUGAAAAGAGAGAAAUGAAAAAUGUGAAACUGAUUUAACCAGUCAGAUGUUGCUUGCUUGUUUACUGCAAAUGACCAGUUUCCUCUGCAGCAGCCAGCAGGUGAACUGAGGCUCUGAGUUUCACAACUUAUGACAAUAAUGCAUGAAUAGGCUGUAAAGAAUCCUUUAAAUAUAUUGAAUAUUAUAUUACAUUUUAGUGAAACCCAAGCUGUUUUGCAAAGUCUUGCCAACAUUCAUUAAAGCUGUUUUAAAAAAAAUUGUCCACAAAGUCCAACAACUCUCUCUUUUCUCAGUUAUCUCAUCUGUGUGAUCCUGGUGAUCACUGCUAUAUUUAUAUAUUUACUUAUGCACACGUGUGUAAAUGUGUAAAACUGUUACAUUUCUGCCCCGAGGAACUUUAUGGAGUCGUUCAAAYCUGACCGAAACACAGCUUUUCAGCAGCUGGAGCUGCUGACAGAAAAUGUCAGUGAGUGUUCUGUUUGUGUUUCAGCUUUAAAUAUAAAAAAGAAAAAAAGAAACAAUGGCUUAAAAAAAGAAAAGGUCAUACAGGUUAAUCGGAGUAGUGAAGUGGUAAAAAUAUAUAGAGGUUAACUGAAGUCUCUGCUUGUUCAGGAAGUUAUUUUAAAGUUGUGUUAAACAGGAAUAAGACUACUUUAAAUGAGAGCAUGUUUUCUCUCUGGACCCAUUUUAUUUCUUAGACUCCUGGUUUUAUUUGUCAGAGCCGGUGGUCUCUCUCUGGUUUUGGGAGGAUGUUGGGGGCUGGCUAAGACAAGGAGAUGAUAAAGUUAAGUAAAGUUUCGUUCACCAUGAAGUUAUUUAUUGGAGUUAAAGAGCUACACAGUUUCAACUCAUGCACACACUCUGGUGCACAGUGAAGCUCUAGAUCUGUGUUUAUGGACCUUCAUGAGUGUUGUCUCACUCAAAAGAGAAUCUAGACAUGCAUCUAACCGUCAUAUAUGUUAUAUGUUUUAUUCAAUUAAAGUAAAAAAGUUCAUUUUUAAUGGUUUAUGGCAAUUUCCAUCCUAGAUUAAAUUUGUUACAGACAUUUCUGCAUCAGCAGCGAGAUGAAUGGUAUCACUGUUGGGUAUUUGUGGACAGAUUUUGAGCAGUUAUUAUCUUACCUGCUGUAGAUAGCUCUUUGAACGGCUUCAGCUUGGACAUACAGAGCGUGAUUCUGACUGAAACGAUGAACUAAUGGCUAGUCUGAGCASGACAAAGAUCUGUCUUGGCAGCACUGAUUUUAAAACAGCACAGCCGUGAACGCUGGUUUAUAAACUGUUACAUUGUCUGAUUAUGGGUGGUUGCUCCGUGGUCAUUGUCAAUAAACAAAUAUGCAGAAAUAACAAAUCUGCAAUGAGAGUUWGCUCACUGUGAGAAUCUUGACAGAAUGGAGUAGUUAAAAUGAAAAACAAAUACACAACUCUUUACAUAGAUUUUUUGUGGUUAACUAUAAGCACAAACUGCAGCAGCAGCUAGCUGUAGUACUUCCAGUGUAGCCUGGGAUUGAUAAUUGGUAAUGUGAAAUGGAAGGCAGUGUAAAAGUCUAUAAAAUAGCAGAAAUUCUGAAAAUUUUGAAGCUUAAAUCUAUUUGAAGAUGGCGAUAUUCCAUAUUUAUCAACCAGCCAUCAAUAUAGUCUGAAUUAAACUCUAUUUUUCCAAACUGAGGUUGUUCAGAGAGCUAUCUACAGCAGGUUAGAUAUUAAUUGUUCAUAACUUUUCCACAGAACCUUGCAUAUAAAAUUCUAACCUAGAGAGAAAUCAGUUCAUUUUGUGUUAAACAGAAUAUUUAAAAAAACGAGAAAGCAUCUGUGUAGCACUUUAAGGGUUCGACCUUAUUUCUGUGGUGGAUGUUUUUUUUAUUUUUUUCUCAGGGUAAGAUGAGGGUAAAAAGGUAGUAUUAUGUUACCUGAGUGGUAUUUAUUAUUAUUAAUAAUAAUGUUAUUAAUUUGGGGUGCUGUCAGUUGAGGAUGUUUCAUCGUUCUCAGUGCUUCAGUCUCUUAUUCAGUCAGUGUGGUAGAUGAAAAUAAUAAUACAAGCAUUCUGUGUUUUGUGCUCUGGCCUACGUACACUACUGUGGUAUUGGUUGAUUGUAAGAAAAAAAAAAGAAAAAAAAACGUCAGUAUGUUCAUGAAGUAAAUGGAACUCAUGUGUGAUGCUCUCCAGGGUCUGGUUUGUUCUGAAAAUAAGAAAAUAUUAUCAACUAGUUAUUUAUUGCAAAAACUGCACUAUUAUUAUUUUUCUUCUUCUUGCAAAUACUUUGUGGAACACUCGUAAAAGGGCCAAAGUCGACAUUUUAUGCGAUCAUCAUGUUUUGUGAAACUGAAGUAAAGAAAAAGGCUGUUAGUUGUAGUAAUGCUGGCACCAUCAGUGGUGUGGUUCCAGUACAAUGCAUUGCAUGGAUGUCACAAUACACCCACCCCUGAACCCCCAACCCCCAUAUUGAAAAAAGAAAAAGAAAAAAAGGAUUCUUGCAAAAUGAGAAGCAAGAAAACACUGAUUCUGUAGUGUGCUGCCCCUUUAACUUGUUUCUACUCGGUUGUUUCUUCUUGUUCUGAAGCUGUUUGGCCUCUUCAGUGUAAAACUGUGUACAGAGAUGUGUGUCACUGUCUGUUACCUGGACUCUAGUCUGACCAUCAUGCCAAUAAAAGAGAAAACAUCUUUUGGA